AUUUUGUAAGCGGUCACGUUGCUCUGCGGUACCAGAACGGCAGACUAGCAGCAGCUGCGCAUCUUCUCCAUCCACAAUCUCUAGCUUCCGUACUUCAACUAGCAGGCAUCAUGACGCACCAGUACCCCGCCCUGACUCCUGAGCAGAAAAAGGAGCUGCAGGAGAUCGCCCAGCGCAUCGUCGCCCCCGGCAAAGGCAUCCUCGCUGCUGAUGAGUCCACAGGCAGCAUGGCCAAGCGCCUGAACCCCAUUGGCGUUGAGAACACUGAGGAGAACCGCCGUCUGUACCGCCAGCUUCUCUUCUCCGCUGACGAACGCAUCGACAAGUGCAUCGGUGGAGUCAUCUUCUUCCAUGAGACACUGUACCAGAACGCAGAUGAUGGCACGCCCUUCGUCAAGAUGAUCAAGGACAGGGGCAUUGUUGUAGGCAUCAAGGUCGACAAAGGUGUUGUCCCUCUGGCAGGAACCAAUGGCGAGACCACAACACAGGGACUGGAUGGCCUGUCAGAACGCUGUGCUCAGUACAAGAAGGACGGUGCUGACUUUGCUAAGUGGCGCAGUGUGCUGAAGAUCAGCGAGACCACACCUUCAGAGUUGGCCAUCAAAGAGAAUGCCAACGUUCUGGCCCGCUAUGCCAGCAUCUGCCAGCAGAAUGGAAUUGUGCCCAUUGUGGAGCCAGAGAUCCUGCCUGAUGGUGAUCAUGACCUUAAGCGCUGCCAGUAUGUUACAGAGAAGGUCCUUGCUGCCUGCUACAAGGCUCUCUCUGACCACCACGUCUACCUGGAGGGCACACUGCUCAAACCCAACAUGGUGACAGCAGGACACUCCUGCCCCACCAAAUUCUCCAGUGAGGAAAUUGCCAUGGCAACAGUCACCGCCCUGCGCCGCACCGUACCUCCUGCAGUCCCAGGAGUGACCUUCCUGUCCGGAGGACAGAGUGAAGAGGAGGCGUCCAUCAAUCUGAAUGCUAUUAACACCUGCCCUCUCCCCAAGCCCUGGGCCCUCACCUUCUCCUAUGGCCGUGCCCUGCAGGCCUCCGCCCUCGGUGCCUGGCGUGGAGCCAGGGACAACGAGAAGGCCGCCACCGAAGAGUUCAUCAAGCGUGCUGAGGCUAAUGGCCUGGCCGCCCAGGGUAAGUACGUGUCCAGCGGAACCGGCGGAGCUGCAGCACAGUCUCUGUACGUGGCCAACCACGCCUACUAAAGCAUCCCCCACCGCCCUCCUACUCCAGCUACCGCCGACCAAUAGUAUCUUCCACCACUGCUACCCUCCAUGUCACCGACCAAUCACAGGCCUGCGCUGUCGUCUGUACUUUUAGGGUUGUCAUUGCAAUGUUCCUUUAGUCUGUCUAUUUAAAAUUGAUUGAAAAGAAGAAGAAGAUCGGAAAGCAAGGAACGGAGAGCUUAAAGGGCAUUUGAGAGGGUCUGAAAGGGCUCUCUAAUAUUGUUGGAGUUGCUAAAUAAAAUGAAUUGGUUAUAUAACCAUUGUUAAAGUGGUCAUCAUGCUGUAUUUAAAAAACGGUAUUGCCUUUACGGCCAAAUAUUAACAACUGUAAGUCGUAUAUUUUUGAAAACCUUACUUUUUUUUCAGUAUAAGUGUUCAGUUCGGGCACGCUUCCCCAGCUUGUGUAGUUUUUAUGGCUGAGUUAGAAGUUCCAUUAAGUUCCAUUAAGUUCCAUUCCCGUAAAGUGCAGCCACAGCCUCUCCAGUUGAUGUGUUGUGUGGUCUCAUUUGUUCAUGCUAUGCAGACUUCGUGUCUCAUUAGCAUUGCUUGAUGAGAGUACCAUGAAUGCUAACCAGGAGCAAAACAAUCAGUCUGAUCCUACAGAGAGAGGGAGAUGGAGGGAGUGAGGUGUAUAGGUCAGUACACAUGAAAAGACAAAUGCACAGCCUCACAACGGUUUUAACAAAUGAUCAACUUACACCGAACACUGAGGAACAUUUAACUCAAUGUUCGAUUCUCAUCUGUUGUAGUGAUGAGCGUUUUGGGUUGUGUGCAGCUACUGUAUGAUUAAGCAUAGAAUACUAACUAUAUUGGUUUGAAAGACAUGAACAAUUAUGCGGUUAAAUGUGCUAUUCUGUGUAUUCUGCUUAAGUGUACUAUGCUCUCCCUCUAUCUUAGUGGCACAGUGGUGCAGGGACCUUGGAGACAAUGAAAAUUCCAGUGUAACAUAGACAAUGUAAUGUAAAAUGUAAUUCCUUGGCUUAACUCGGUGGCACGGACCAAACGUUGAAACUUUUUAGGGGGGAGCAUAGUCACGCCUGAGUCAGAUAAACUGUGACGUCAUUGUGUCGUUGUUCUCUUAAGCACUUGGUGUGUCAGAUUAGAAAAAACUCUAAAAUAAAAAGAUUAAAAUCCC